AGUUACAUAAGGGCACUUUUAGUAUAGGAAGUCCGAAUGGCUUACACCGGGAUAGAGCUCAGAGCAGGCAGACAGCACUCAGCCAGAGAGAGGAGGUUAAAAACAGAGUAGGAGAAGGGAGAGAACACUUUGGACCUAGACAAAUAUUCUAGGAGAUAGGGAUAGUAAGAAGGGAGUAAGAUCAUAUUGUCAAAUCAGACAGACAGACAGACAGACAGACAGACAGACAGACAGACAGACAGACAGACAGACAGACAGACAGACAGACAGACAGACAGACAGACAGAGAGAGAGAGAGAGAGAGAGAGAGAGAGAAAGACCAGUUUGAGAGCAGACACCGUAAUCUACAGCAGCUAAGGUAGAGACAGAUCCCGUAUGCUCUUCUGUGCUUUUCACGUCUUCAGAAGACAAGAGAUACAGAGAAAGCUAUUUAGGAUAAACAAAAGAAAAGUGAGAGAUCUUGCAUAGAGAGAGAGAAGUUAGAAAGCUAGAGUGAUACAGAGAGAAGAACAAGCAAGUCAACGUACUGUGCAUACUGACAAAGAGGACCAACCACUCCAAGAAGAUAAGCAGAAUACCGGACUUAAACACUUUUACGUUCUUGGGCUCCCUGUGGUCUUCUCUUGGUCUCCUUGUGGUCUGCUUGCGGUUCUGCUUCCUCGUGGAGGAAUUUGAAGUCAUGGCUGGGACAGAAGAGCUGUCGUUUAGCGAGGCCAUCAUGGCAGCGGGUGACGCAUUCCACCGCUUCCCCCUGAUCAAGAUCCAAGGGGUCCCUCUCAUGUGCCACAUUGUCCACAACUGGGACUCUAUCCAGGCCUUCCGCCCCGAUCCCUCCGAUCUCCUCAUUGCCACCUACCCCAAAGCAGGAACCACGUGGACCCAGGAGAUUGUGGACCUGCUGCUUAACAACGGAGAUGCAGAGGUCGCAAGGAGAGCACCCACCGCCCUCCGAAUCCCCUUCCUGGAGAUCCACUCCCCCCCGCCCAUCCCCUCUGGCUUGAGCCUCCUUAAAAAAAUGGACCCCCCAAGGGUCAUCAAGACCCAUCUGCCUUUCAAGUUGGUGCCCGAAGGGUUCUGGAAAAACAAAUGCAAGGCUAUCUAUGUUGCGAGGAAUGCUAAGGACAACCUGGUCAGCUACUACCACUUUGACCGCAUGAAUCUAACCCAGCCUGAGCCUGGACCGUGGGACGGCUACAUCCACAAGUUCAUGAAUGGAGAACUGGCAUGGGGGUCCUGGUACGACCAUGUGAAGGGUUACUGGGAGGAACGAGAGAAGAGGAAUAUACUCUACAUUUUCUAUGAAGACAUGAAAGAGAAUCCUCAACGAGAAGUGGAGCGCAUCAUGCGCUACCUUGAUCUGUCACUCGCUGAUGAUGUCAUCAGCCGCAUUGUGGAGCUGACCUCCUUUAAGACCAUGAAGGAGAACCCGAUGGCCAACUACUCCUUUAUCCCCAAACCAGUCUUUGACCAGUCCAUCUCCCCCUUCAUGAGAAAAGGUGUAGUAGGUGAUUGGACCAAUCAUUUCUCCCCUGCCCAGGCACAACUGUUUGAUGAAGACUACGAAAGAAAAAUGAAGGAUGCUGACAUCCCUUUCCGGACUGACAUCUAGUGGGAUUUUCCUCUCUGUAUUUCCAACACAAUGCAACUGGGCAGACUUUUACCAUACGAGGUCGGAAUCACUACCAGUUGAACAUUUUCCAAUGUUGUGGGAUUUGUGAGAAGCCAAAGGAAAGUAUCAAAACACACAACACACUCCAAUAUUGCUUAGAUGUAGACCGUUUAUUUGAAUGUUUGUCCGCUUAUGCAGAUGUACUGUUGAGAGUGAACCAUUGAUUUUAUGUCUUGAAAAUCAGCCCGUUGUUAAAAAAUAGUCAAUAAAAUGUGCUUCACAAUGCA